AAAUAGCGCGCGGAGUGGUAAAAAAUAAAAACAGACAGGCAUUGGUUGAAUUAUUUUUUAUUUUAUCUACAAAUAAAUGUGGAUUUCAACGUUAAGUUGUUACUAUCGCCACAAUAAAUUGUAAUUGUUUAUAGAGAAAAUAAUAGAGUCGCAGUGACUGUGCCCUACUUUUAACCCACUCAAAUUAUUGAUUUUUCUCAGAGUAAAAUUUUGUAAAGGCAGAUGGCGAAGCAAGUGGCAGAUGUGCAGAUUCAUGCUUCAGACUCCCAGGACUCCCUUCAAGAUGACAAUAUUGAUAUUAGUGUUGACUUAAUUGAUGAAGGCCUGUACUUAGGUAAUUUAGCAUGUGCAAGAGAUUCCAAAGCAUUGGAAAAGCUGCAGAUAACCCACGUUCUGACCAUAGAUGUGGUGCCUCUGCCGAGGACCAUACUGGACCGUGGCAAUCUCACAUUCAAAUAUGUGAAGCUGGCGGAUGUGCCUAAGGAGGAUCUAAUAAGUCACCUUCCUGAUACAAAUCAAUUCAUAAGAAAUGCCAUAGCUAAUGAUGGUGUAGUUCUUGUACAUUGUUACUUCGGCGUCUCCCGCUCAGCGGCGGUAGUGAUAGCCUACAUCAUGGAGAAAUACGGCCUCUGCUACGAAGACGCAUUCAACCUGGUCAAAAGCAAGCGCCGGUUCGUGCACCCCAACGUGGGGUUCGCGGCGCAGCUGAAGCUGUUCGGCCACAUGGGCUACAGGUUGAACAGAGACGACCCCAGGUUCAAACAGUUCCGGCUCAAAAUGGCCGGCCAGAAGUUGAAACAAGUUAAGAUCCUCCCGCAGCAGUUCGCGGACCUGGUGAAGCCGGACCCUGGGCUCGUCCGCGAGCGGCCGGACCCCAUCGUGUACCGCUGCAGGAAGUGCAGGCGAGUGGUAGCCGGCCAGAACAACAUCAUACCGCACCUGCCCAAACAGGUCAAAGUGGAACUAGCCAAAAAGGGGAUUAGGCCUCCCCCGAGCACAUUGACCGGUCUCAACUCAGCUGAGAACGGGGAGCUCCUCAUUGAGAAGCUACAGCGGCUGGCCUCUCAGGUGCUGGGGACAUUACCCGGAGACAGUGACACUGACAGUCCACGUGUACAGACUGAGAGCCAGGACGGAGACGAGGGUCCCAGCCAAAUAUUGGACGGCUACAGCGAAGGCAACCUGGUUGACGCCCAUAUAGCAGGUCGCGACUGCUCAUCCGCCUGCCGCCUCAUGUGGUUCGUGGAGCCCAUGGCCUGGAUGAAGGACGUCCAGCACUCUGACCACGGGAAACUGCACUGUCCCAAGUGUUGCAACAAGAUCGGCAGCUUCAAUUGGGUUAUGGGUUGCAAAUGUCCGUGCGGUCAGAAAGUAGCGCCGGCCUUCUACCUCGUGCCCUCGAAAGUGGAAUGGUCCAACAUCGUGCAAAACGUACAAGUAACGGUCUGAUUAAUUAGUGCAAGACUCGACGGGUAGAUGGCUCUGUGCAAAAUUUUAUGCAGCGCGCUUAAUGUAAAUGAUACGCGGGUAUCAAGAUAAAAUCUAGUGUAAAAUGCCGGUGCAAUCAAAGCUACAUACAUACAUAUGGUUACGUCUAUAUCCCUUGUGUGGUAGACAGAGCCAACAGUCUUGAAAACACUGAUCGGCCACGUUCAGCUACUUGACUUAGUGAUAGAAUUGAGAUCUAAAUAGUGACAGGUUGCUAGCCCAUCGCCUAAAAAAAGAAGCCCAAGUUUGUAGGCCUAUCCCUUAGUCGGCUUUUGCGACAUCCAUGGGAAAGAGAUGGAGUGGUCCUAUUCUUUUUGUAUUGGUGCCGGGAACCACACGGCAAUCAAAGCUCCGGUAUUUUUAUUCGUACAUCGCGCAAGUAAAGUUUCCACACUGGACAUUUUAAUCUCUAGUUUAAGUUAAAAACUAGUAUCAAAUGUCCGUACGAUCAAAAGUUCCGGCCGGCAAUUUAUCGGGUACCAUCAUAGAUAAUAGUCUAAAAGAGUAGUUUGGCAGCGACCCAAGAUAAUUAAAUAGAUAUAAUCACGUCUAUAUCCCUCGCGGGGUAGACAGCAGUCUUGAAAAGACUGAUAGGCCACGUUUGGCUCUGUGGAAUUGAGAUUCAAAUAGUGACAGGUUGCUUGCCCAUCGACUACAAGAAGAAUCCCAAGUUUAUUACUCUGUCCUUUAGCCGCUUUUCUGUUACUUGUUGGUAACACUUUAUUUUUAAUCUGAUAACUUCCAUUUUUGAAAACAUGACAUGACUACAUCAUUUAGUAAUGAAAAAAAAAAAGAAGUUAAAAUUGUGUUAAGU